AUGUCCGAGCCAAGGACCACCAGGUCUUCCAAGACCGCCUCGUCAACUUCGAAACCAGCAUCAGCCUCGGCAUCAACCUCGUCAAAGUCGACCUCCAAGUCAAAAUCAAAGUCGUCCAAGACCGACGGUGCAAAGGUGCACAAGCUGGCUCUCAAGGGCUCCUCCAAAAUCGUCAACGAAUUCUUCGAGUACUCUAUCAACACCAUUCUGUUCCAACGAGGCGUCUACCCUGCAGAAGACUUCACCGCAGUCAAAAAAUAUGGACUGACCAUGAUGGUGACGGCCGACGACCAAGUCAAGGCAUACAUCAAGAAGAUCAUGUCGCAGCUCAAGGAGUGGAUGUACGGCGGCAAAAUCACCAAGCUGGUCGUCGUCAUCACCAGCAAGGAAACCGGCGAGCAUGUGGAGCGCUGGCAGUUUGACGUCCAGAUCUUGGGGAAAAACGCAAAGACAAGAUCGUCCAAGACUACAACCGACCAAGAAAAUUCGGUUCCAGACGGGGGCGAGGCUGUUCCAGAAGAGAAGACGGAAACCGAGAUUCAGGCUGAGAUUCAGUCCGUCUUUCGACAAAUCACUGCCUCGGUCACUUUCCUGCCCAUGCUUGACGGCAACUGCACCUUCAAUGUGCUCGUGUACGCCGAUGCGGAUUCGGACGUGCCUCUGGAGUGGGGCGAUAGCGACGCCAAAGAGAUCAAGAACGGCGAAAAGGUACAGCUGAGAAGCUUCAGCUCGAGCAAUCACCGAGUAGAUACGCUAGUGAGCUACAGGUAUGUUGAGUCCAAUAUCAUGGUACAUGUGUUGGGACUGAUCCCUCCAGGCUUGGGGAAUAGCCUCGAUCUACAAACACUACAUCAUUCGUUGACACGCCUAUCUUUGCGCAACCCUGUUUCUCCCCUGUAUUCCUCUGCCGCACCUACAAGCAUGUCUUACCGGCAGCGCCGGGCGCAUCUCCGGUCCGGCACUGCGACGCUCCAGAAUGCAAGAGUCAACAAGUCUCAACCCCCCGAGCAUCGCCACCUUGUCGAUUGA